GGGCUUUUCUUAGAGACGGGCUGACGGCGAUGUUUUCAAAAGCAGCACUGAGAGACGUCACACAGCCGUAGGGUUAAUGUUCAGUUUUUACCCUCCGAUACACACAUUUAUUUUUCUUAAAAUCGUCGAGGUUGUGUCUUCUGCUCGUAGGUGAAUGACGAAGAGGAAGCCAAAGGCGGCCCAUGAUGAAACCUGUGAGCCGUAGCUGCCACGGCUAGUCAUAAGAUGCGCCAUGGCCAAACCGGGAUCGGACCGAGAUGGAGCCAUGGUGGAGAAGACAGCGGGGAAGAAGAGUAAAGAGAAAAUCUCUCCGUUUGCCAAAACCCCGAAGCUGGAUCGGAGUGAAAUCCUGGGGAAAGAGGGAAAGUCUAAGUCUUCCAUGAAACGGAAGCUGUCCUUCACCGUCAGUCCGCCCCGGAACGAGGAGCGGGACUCCGACACGGAUGACUCUGACCCCGGGCAGUCGAGCGAUGUGUGGGGAGAGAGAUUACUUCCUCCCUGCAGGAUAUACGCAGACAAAGAUGUUCCAGAUAAGAAGAAAGUUAAGAAGGAGCCAGGGACUAAGAAGUCGACCCCUGUGAAUAUUUUGUUCGGCUACCCUUUAUCAGAGCGAAAGCAAAUGGCACUGGUCAUGCAGAUGACGGCGAGAGACAACAGUCCAGAUACCACACCGAACCACCCCUCUCAAUCUCCGGCGGUGCAGAAGAAGAUCGCUAGCAGCUCGUCCACACGGCAGAAGGACAAAGUGAACAAACGAAACGAGAGAGGGGAGACUCCCCUGCACAUGGCCGCCAUCCGAGGGGACGUCAAGCAGGUGAAGGAACUCAUCGGCCUCGGCGCAGAUGUGAACGUCAAAGAUUUCGCAGGUUGGACGCCUCUCCAUGAAGCUUGUAACCUUGGUUACUAUGAUGUGGCGAAGGUUCUGAUUGGUGCAGGAGCGGAAGUGAACACGCAAGGAUUGGAUGACGACACUCCGCUUCAUGACGCCUCCAGCAGCGGACACAAAGAUAUUGUGAAGCUGCUCUUGCGUCACGGAGGCAAUGCCUUCCAGGCCAACAAGAGAGGGGAGAGACCCGUUGAUGUUGCUGACUCUCAGGAGCUUGAGCAAUUACUCAAGGGAGAGAUCCCGCUUUCAGAAGCAGAAGAGAGCUCUUCAGAAUCAGAGGACCCACCGUCGGUGAAUCCAUCCAGUGUAGACGAGAACAUGGAGUACUCGGAUGCUGAAAAGGACUCUGACAGUAAAUCGACAACAGUGAAGGCUUCGUCGUCCAUGUCGGGGCUGGAUGAAUACGAGUUCAAGGAUGAGGAAGAGGAGGAGGACCUCAGUAAGGCACUUAACGACCGACACAUCUUAAGGCGAGAGCUACGGCAAAAGGAGAAGGAGGAGAAGGAAAGGAACCACUAUACUUCCAAACAAGGCAGCAAAAGCGACCAGUCAACGGUGGUGUGCAAGUCUAAAAAAACAAAGGCGUCCCGUAUCUACUGCACUUCAGACAGUUCGAGCGACGAAGCCGAGGUGCCGACGGAAAGAAGGAGCUCGCCUACCAGGUCGGUCAGUGUGGAUGGUCACAGAUCGAAGAAAGAAAGCUUGACUCUCACGCCAGUGGAACAGAAAGAAAAAGGAAAACAAAAGAAAAAGAACAAGAGCCAAAGCAAAAACAAGGAGAACCAAGAAGUCCGAGAAGAAGGGAAAGAGAACAGCAAGUCUAUUCUGUUUACUUCGGCGACUGUGUCUGACAAUACUGACAAGGGCGUCAGGGAAGAAGAUUCAUUCAAAAUGUCAUUCAGUGCAAAGGAUGACACGUCGGUCCACCUCUUUCACCUGUCUGUAGUCAAGUCCCCUAAGCUGAACCACAGCCAAACUGACAAGCAGACAACCCCUCUGAAACAGGAGAACGCCAAGACUUGUGUUUCUAUCGGCGAUGGAUCCUGUCCAGGGGACGGCGUCAAAUACAACCACUACACAGAGUCCGACUUCUGCACAGAAGGUUCUAGCAGUAAGAGCUGCAAGCACAAAGAAAAGAGCAAGCAUCACCACAAGGAGCCUAACUUAGAUGGAGAUGAUGGCAGUUCCAGUCCUUUCAAAGACAGUAGUCUAAGCAACAGCAUAGACAGUUCUGAGGCCGUCUUCAGGAAGACCGACAAAGACGGAAAAGUGGUAAAAAAGCACAAGCUGAAACACAAGGAGAAAGAAAAGUACAGGAAGGAGCACGAGGCCGAGAGGAAUCGCCACCGGCAGAAAGAGCCACGCAAGGACGGACAUAGGAACAUGGAGUUUGAUCGGGAGUUUUGGAAGGAGAACUUCUUCAAAAGUGAUGAAAACGAAGAUCUCACAGGCAAAUGUGAGAUGCUCGCUGGCGGAUCUCCUCUGAAAUCCUCAGACUCAUCGCCUGUUAAAGAGGAACGGGGGGCGUCAAAAGACAAACAUUCAAGCAGUAGCAGCAGUAAAGACAGGAGGCCAAAAGAGGAGCGAGAUAAGGACAAGACCAUUAAAAAGGAGAAAAAAGAGGAGCGUGUAAAGGAUGGAAAAGGAGAUGAAGUUGAAGAUCGGACUGAGGGUCUUGGCUCUGGCCGAAUUCCUGACAGCUCACUGCACAGUUUAGGAGUGAAAGAGGAAGAAGAUGAUAAACCAAUUACUGUCAAUUCAGCAGACCAAGAUCAGCUGGAGUCUCCAGAGAAGAUCCCUCGCGAGAAAACUGAUAAGCGGCCACCGACAAAAGACCGGGAGUCUGACAAGAAACAUGCGGAUAAAGACAAGAAAGUAAAAUCUGAACAUUUAGCUGACAAGCCUGAACUUCACAACUCUACAGAUCGAUGGAAAGAAAAGGAGAAAUUAACAAACGUAUCACAUUCACCCAAUGACAAGAGCCAUAAAGAGAGUGAACGGCUCAAAGCAACGUCUUUGGUGAAAAAGCAUGACGAGAACAAGAAGAAUAAGGACAAGCUCGACAAAAGAGCUGAGAAAGAGCACUCUUCUGGUGACCACAAAGAUAAAGCGAGUUCGGAAAAGAAAGGAAAAGCCCCCGAGAAAACCACUGAUCAUGGAAAAUCUGACCGCAGUAAAGAAAAAGACUCUGACAAGAGGAAAAAGGAGAAAUCAAAAGAGACCACCCCCUCUUCCUCAUCCUACUCCAAUCUAAAGUUGUUAUUGGAAGAGAAGAAAGGCUACGUUUGUGAGAACAAUAAGGUCGCUUCGUCUAAAUCGAAAGAAGAGGUGACCAAGCCUCCGGAGAAAGACAGAGAUCGAAGAGAGAGGGACCGGGAGUCUGAAAGGCAUCGAGACCGACACAAGGAAAAGGAAAAAGAUCGAUCCCAGCUGAACAGGGAUGGCAAAAUUGGCAAGACGAAACCAAGUGAAGUGGACUCCAAAUCUAAGGUCGCGCCUACUCUAAAGGAUACUCGUCCCAAAGAAAAGAGGUUGGUGAACGAUGACCUCAUGAAGACCAGCUUUGAACGCAUGCUCAGUCUCAAGGACCAGGAAAUCGAACAGUGGCAUAGGAAGCACUUGGAGAAAAUCAAGCAGAAGGAACGGGAGCGGCUAAAGCAGCGUCCAGGGACUGAUCCUGGGAAACAGAAAAGCAAGGAGAAAACAAAAACGUCCUCUUUGUCCAGUGAGCCUUGUGUAACCAAGGAACUAACUCGGUCGAAGAGCUCGGAAGCGUCAGAUGUGCAUCGCGAGAAGAUCUUGAAAGAUGCCACCAGUGGAAGAACGCUCUCAGUAGAUGCAAAAACCUUGGGAAAGAAUGGUCCAGUGAUGGAAAACAAUCUUAACCGAUCUCCAAGACCAGAGAGUGAAAAAUCUGGCCUCAUGUCAAGAUCAGUGUCCAUGGUUUCCGUGGCAAGUUCAGAAGAUUCCUGUCACGCAACCACAUUGACGCCUAAACCAACUGAAUAUGAUUCUGAUGCGAACAUGGAAGCGUCAGAUUCCCUGCAGUCUUCCCUCGUUUUACAGUCCUCCAGAUCACCUACUCUUCACGAUAAAGAUACCAGCAGUCUUCCCGAAACUGCUCUCUGCAAUCGCACAUCAUUAUCAAGCAGGCAUGCGUCCCCAUGCUUAAGGGCUAUUUUGGAUGAAGAAGCCAAGGCGUCACCAGCUGAAACAAGAUCGACAGAAGAGUCUCAGAUGAUCAGUAUUGUCUCGCACCCAAGCAGCGAACAAGUUGAGAUUAGCAUGUCCCCUGUUCAGGAAACCCAGGGCAGUCAAAGUGCGCUUCCAGAAAGGGAAAGUCUGACUAGUAAUGAAAUUGAAGACGUCACACCUGUUGGUCAAGUUCAACCUUCACCAAACUUGCGAGAGUCUAGCGCAAAAGACCUUGGUAGCCUCAAACAGGCUAACAGUGUGUUUCAGACCCAUUUGCAAGAGAAGAGCAGGUCUUGCAACACUGAGCAUGCAAGUCUUGGUCCGCUCGAUGUCCCUGGUCCCGUAAUGACAGAGGAAUCUUCACAAGCAUCUUCUCACACACAAAAUCCUUCUGAUGCCAGUUCACCUUUGCAUUCAAGUAGCCAGCAAUGGGAAACUGCCCCCGUUUCCAGUAGCGAACAGACAUUGACAGCAGACUCUAGUUUGAGGACCGAGCAAAGAGAGAAACCCAUAGUAGUGGAAAACCUCACCAAAUCAGGUUGGACAAGCACUCCAAGUCCAUCUAUUGGUUCUUGUAGAUCGAUCUCUGAAGAAACAACUAAACCACUGCUGAGAACAACCAGUGUCCAAGAAGAUCCCCAAAAGGGUGAUCCGGUUGUGCAAGACGAAAGUAUCUCAAAGAUCUCCAGUGAGCCAUUGGAUACAGUUGACGCUCAGCCAGAGAAACACGAGCCAGCUUCGAUUACAAAUGUGUCUCGCUGUGUUAGUCCAGAAAGGGUCCCUGAGGAGCCCAUGGAGCUGUCUGAAGAUGUUUCGGACAAGAACCGAAUCACAGAAUUGGAUGGGGUGUCUUCAGAAGAAGGUGCAACGACACAAGCUCUGUCUGAAACAAAGGCUGAUGCAGAGACUUCAGACCAACUUGCUGUCGAGGAGAAGCCUGUGAAAUCUGAUCUUGAAGAACAGGCUCAAAGCAGUGCGACGGUCGAUCCCGAUAAUCAGGCGGAUCCGCACAGUGGGGCGACGUCGGGAAGUUCCUCCCCGAUAUCCAUCACGGAGAGAGAUUGCGAUACAUCUGGGGCCAGAGCCAAAGUCCGACUCCUUGAAGAAGAAGCUGAUAUGCAGGCGACCCAUCCAAGGAAACGAAAGAUGCAUAGGGUUUCACCUCCGGCCCAAAUGAACCUUACGGCUCAGCAGGUCAAAGAAAAGGCGCAACAGUCCUUAGCGGCAAUCGUAGAUGCAUUGAAGCUUGAGGAGAUCCAGCCGUACCAGACGGAGAGAGCAAACCCAUAUUAUGAGUACUUGCACAUUCGCAAGAAGAUUGAGGAGAAGAGGAAAGUACUUUGUAGUGUCAUUCCUCAAGCACCUCAAUACUACGACGAAUAUGUGACGUUUAACGGGUCCUAUUUGCUGGAUGGAAACCCUCUCAGCAAACUCUGUAUCCCAACGAUAACGCCACCUCCGUCUCUACUUGAACCACUGAAGGAGAUGUUCAAACAGCAAGAGGUGGUACGGAUGAAGCUAAGACUGCAGCACAGCAUCGAAAGGGAAAAGCUGAUUGUAUCCAAUGAGCAGGAGGUUUUGAGAGUUCAUUACCGGGCUGCAAGAACACUAGCCAAUCAGACGCUUCCAUUCAGUGCCUGUACAGUCCUAUUGGAUGCCGAAGUAUAUAACAUGCCCCAGGACGUCCAGGGUGAUGAUGGGAAGACCUCUGUUAGAGAUCGGUUCAAUGCAAGGCAGUUUAUGUCUUGGCUUCAGGAUGUAGACGACAAGUUUGACAAGCUGAAGACUUGUCUCUUGAUGCGUCAGCAGCACGAAGCAGCGGCGUUAAACGCGGUUCAGCGGCUGGAGUGGCAGCUAAAACUGCAGGAACUGGAUCCCGCCACUUACAAGUCGACCAGCAUCUUCGAGAUCCCCGAAUUCUACAUCCCUCUCGUAGAGGUCAACGACGACUUCGACCUGACACCGAUAUGACCCGGUGACGAGAGAAGGAGACGACGUAACGUUUCGUAGCGGUCGGACCAUGACAAGUGAUGAUGUCAGGGUGAUAAACACGAAGCACUUGAUUUGGAGGUGUGUGUGUGUGUGUGUGAGCGCGCGCGUGUGUGUUUGUGUGUCACAGACUCUCCAGAUUUCGAAAAAGAAAACGAGCGCUGCACCGGUUCAGUCUGUGUUUGCUGUUCUAGUUCUGGUCAGAUCGGCCGACUUUAGACUGCAGGCCUAUAUACUAAAACGCACUUAACCCUGAGGUCCGCCAUCCAGAACGGUAGGCCGCGGGUCAACGAAGAGUCGGAAAACCAGCGUCCGGAGGGUGAAGACCACCGUCGGGAAGCCAGAGAGAUUUCCGUCCUCUGUUCAGAAAGAGAUCUCAGUCCAACAUGUUUCUACAGUGAGUGUUCAUAGAUUAUGUAUAGAUUGUGCUCCUCAUUUUUUAACUUAUUUUAUACAUACUGAUUGUGCAUUUGUAAAUAGCCAUGUAAUUAUUGUUUUUAACUUGUAAAAAAAAAUGAAAGAAAACCGAGAGGACGGGAAAAAGUUUAAGUAAUAAAUAUUUUGAUUGUAAACUUUGUUUUGUCUAAUGUUUAAUGGACCAAAGUUGUUUUUACAUUGAAGUUCUUCGUUGUUGUUGCUGUUGAUGUUUGCUUAACUCUUUAAGCAUGUGUUUUGAAAUGCUUUUUCUGUUUAGGUUUAUUUUAUUUUUUUUAAUUCCUCUUUUAUCCCUUUGACAUCCAUCAAAGCCGAUGUUUUUUGACUUGUGAUUUCUAUAAUGUGCAUGCUUUCGCAGGUUCGUCCCUUUCUGAAAAGUUGUACCGUGGUGAGGUUUACUGAAGUGGUCCUGGUUCUUUUACGCCAUUCUCGUGUCUGUUAGUAACAUCCACUUCCUGCGUGUCGUCUCUUGUGUCUUGCGCACAUUUAAAAAA